AUGAAGACGACAUCUGUGCGUAAGCUGCUACCUGAGACCUGGGGAUUCCUCUGCCCUGUGCACACCCCUGAUGGUACUCCCUGUGGUCUGUUGAACCAUCUUGCUGCCCCUUGCCAGCCCGUGGUAAGGAUAGCCUCUCCGGAGGGCGUGAUCCCGGGCCUUGAGGAAGAGUUGGCUUCCCUUGGAGUGCAGCUGGUCCGCAGUAGUAAGACCUCUACGGCUAACUAUGGUGCUGGGGAGAAUGCCUACGUCACUCUGGACGGCCGUGUGCUCGGUAAAGUUGCCAGGAGCCGUCUUGAGGCGGUAGCCGAGGAGCUGAGGAGGCUCAAGAUCGAUAAGGAUUGCCCAGGGGUGCCUGCCGACCUUGAGAUUGUGGCCUGCCAGACCCCGGCCUCCUUCGAGGGCCUCUGGCUCUUCACUGGCCCCUGUAGGAUGGUCCGCCCUGUUCGGGACCUGGCCACCGGUAACGAGGAGCUUGUUGGUCCUAUGGAGCAGGUCUUCCUCAAGAUAGCCGCUACUAGGGAGGACUUGGAAGCAUCCACUAAAACGUCUAGUGUCCCCGAGAACAUCCCAAUGAAGUACACUCAUAUCGAGCUGAGUCCCAUAUCUAUGUUAUCGGUCAUCGCUGGUCUCACCCCGUUCUCUAACCAUAAUCAGAGUCCUCGUAACAUGUACCAGUGCCAGAUGCUUAAACAGACUAUGGCCAUACCCUAUCUCAACCAUCCUUACCGCACUGAUAACAAGGUCUAUAAGAUUACCUAUCCUCAGUUCCCUAUGGUUCGCACUACGGUCUUGAGCGAAGCGAACUUCGACGUCAAACCCGCUGGCACUAACGCUAUUGUAGCUGUCAUUGCUCAUUCUGGUUUCGAUAUGGAGGAUGCCCUUAUCAUCUCUAAGG